AUGGCAUCGCUCCAGGACGACGGCCUCGCGUCAACCAACACGGGCCUCAGCUUUCUUAAAAACAUCUCCGAGAAGCGCGUAACAAGGGAUGGUAACCCGCCAAAACGUCGCGGACCCAAGCCAGACAGUCGGCCAGCUCUGACGCGACGCCAGGAACUCAACCGCCAGGCCCAGAGAACCCAUCGCGAGCGCAAAGAGCUGUACAUCAAGGCUCUCGAGGAUGAGGUUUUGAGACUAAAAGAAAUCUAUAGCAACAUUGCGCAGGACAAAGACCGCCUGGCCGAUGAGAACCGCCAGCUCAGACAACUCCUCAGCAACAGCGGUGCUGCUCUCCCAGCGGGCCUUGGAAGCAGUCUGCUUGACGACACCGCAAGCAACCCGAGUGUCGGCUAUUCCGCGAGCGCAUCAGGGAGCUAUGGCGCAGCUCCCAGCUCACACACGAGUGCCUUUACCCCGCCGCCAGUCGGUUCCGCCAACAGCCAGCACGGAUUGACCUCUCCGCAUGGCACCGGCCAGCCGCCCCACGGUCUCGCGACAGGAAACAUGAGCGAUCCUCGAAAGAAUGCCGGCAUUGACUAUGAGCAAGCCGGCAUUGAUUUCGUCUUAACGUAG